AGCUGAGCAGCAGGCAUCAUGUCCGGAUGCGAGGGUGGUAAGAAGAAGCCUCUGAAGCAGCCCAAGAAACAAACCAAGGAAGUGAAUGAGGAAGAUAUAGCUUUCAAACAAAAACAAAAAGAAGAACAGAGACUGGAAGAGUUAAAAGCAAAAGCUGCUGGGAAGGGACCACUUACCAGUGGUGGAAUUAAGAAAUCUGGCAAAAAGUAAACGUUCCUGUGUAGAUAUGAUGGUGAUUCCUGUUGGUUUCUUUCUUGCUUUGU